UAUGGUUUCAUCGUAUUUGGUUCAUCAUGGGUACUGUUCAACAGCAACUGCCUUUGCCAGAGUCACAGACACCACAAUCCAGGAAGAACAGACCUCAAUAAAGAAUAGACAAAGAAUACAGAAGCUAGUAUUAGCAGGCAGAGUGGGAGAGGCUAUAGAAGCCACCCAGCAGCUCUAUCCUGGCCUCCUAGAACAUAACCCCAACCUGCUCUUCAUGUUAAAGUGUCGGCAGUUUGUGGAGAUGGUGAAUGGGACAGACAGUGAAGUACGUUGUUUCAGUGCCCGCAGCCCCAGAUCCCAGGACAGCUACCCCGGGUCCCCCAGCUUAAGUCCUAGACAUGGAUCAAGCAACUCACAUGUUCAUAGUACUGGAGCAGAUAGUCCAACCUGUAGCAAUGGAGUCAUGUCCACAAAAAGCAAACAGAGUCACAAUAAAUACUCAACACUGAGUUCAUCAUCUUCAUCUUCUUCCUCCUCCUCUCCUUCAUCUGUGAACUACUCCGAGUCCAAUUCUACAGAUUCUACCAAAUCUCAGCAGCACAGUAGUACAAGUAACCAAGAAACCAGUGACAGCGAGAUGGAAAUGGAGGCUGAGCAUUACUCCAACGGAGUCCUGGAAAAUUCAUCCACCAGGAUAAUGAAUGGCACUUACAAACACGAAGAGAUCCUGCAGACAGAUGAAUCCAGCAUGGAAGACAGCUGCCCCCAGAGGCAGCUCUGUGGAGGGAACCAUGCUGCCACAGAGAGAAUGAUCCAGUUUGGAAGGGAGCUGCAGAUGCUGAGCGAGCAGCUUUGUAGAGAAUAUGGGAAGAACACAGUGCACAAAAAGAUGCUUCAGGAUGCAUUUAGCUUGUUAGCUUACUCAGACCCUUGGAACUGCCCCGUUGGUCAACAGCUGGACCCAAUCCAGAGGGAACCUGUGUGUGCUGCUCUUAAUAGUGCUAUAUUGGAAUCUCAGAACCUGCCAAAGCAGCCCCCACUGAUGCUUGCCCUGGGCCAGGCCUCGGAGUGUUUGCGGCUCAUGGCUCGCGUGGGCUUGGGCUCCUGCUCCUUUGCCAGAGUAGACGACUAUUUGCACUAGCCACCAGAGCAAGAUGGAGCUGACAUCGUGGAGUGCUGCCCUUCACCCUCCGUUGCUGCCACUCUACACCACCACCUCGUUCGAUAGCCUGACUUGCCUGCUACCAACACCCCCUCUAGCAUACACACACACACUGCCUGUGAAAGGAUUGAGUGAGUUCCUCACUGUGUGGCUACUCCUGACCCCAGGAACGACUGGCAGAUCUUACCUGUCUCCCUGCCGUUGCUGUGGCUCCAGCAGCACUCAGUAUUUCACUGGUUGUUCUAAUGUAGCUCCUUCUGAUGUAGGGAUUUCUCUUUGUUUUUAUUUGAGUUGUUUCUCAUGGAUCCACCAAUAUUUUAUCUGGAGAGUUUUGCUGAGCUGGUUUCUGCUGAUUUACUGAGGAAGCUCAUCAAGUUGGUGACAGCUUGUUCUUUUCUUCCCUUCUCCCUCCAUCGUGCACAUACAGCAUCAUCUUCUGUGCUAGUUGUCUGAACUCUUCUUGCAGUGGCAGUUGAGAGGGAUUUUUUUUUAAUUUUAUUUGAAUCCUGUUUAUUAAAAAGGUCUCUUCCACCUCCA